UCUCUGAUCCUGUUCGACAGCCGACCACGAUUCCCUAGAGAGAUCGUCCUUUUUACCAACCCUGGACCUGGUGUGUGUCACGCUCCCUGUCUUCAUAGUAGCCAACGUCAUCUCGAUCAACGACUUUUUCUUCUUUCUCGCUCGUCGGAUGAUCCUCCGGCUCUGUCGCGUUUCUCGCCUCCUCUCUUAUCGACGCGUAUCGUACCAGUCCAAGUGUGACGCGUACACCGAGAAGACGUAACCGGAAUGAGAAUCGUGUCGUCGUCGUUGUCGUGACGCGUAUUCUUGACACUCUCGAGUUCUAAGGUCCUGCCGUUAAAGGAUCAUUGUUCUACUACGGUGUAUACGGAAGCAUACUUUGGUAUUUUCUUGUGUUCGACGUAUUUCGACUUUUACUCUGUGCGAACAACGUCCGCGGUUGCCAAACGAAUCAGCACAAACAGAGGAAGAAGGACACCCUGCCGGGCAGCAGUCGGGAGGAUCACAGGGCGAAGAGGUGGGAGCCAUGCCGCCCGGGCGAGCUUCCCUCGAGGUAGCCAGGAUCGUCCGGCAUCCCUGUCCUUCCACAGUACUGCGUUCUGAUCGCCUCUUUUGAGGUGAGGAACUGUGGAUUGCUGGUGUAAGACCUCGGCCCCAGGAGUGGCCCGGGGGUUACCCUGGGGACCUUGGGCAAGUGCUUGUGCAAGGACGAAGCUGUUAAGAACGACGAAGGACACGGGAGGCGGAGGAGGAGGCCGCUAUGAACGCCAGCGUCAACAUCGAGAGGAACUCCUGGCGGCUGCCUCCCGACGAGACCGUCCAGGUCGCCGAUCCCCGUUCAAAGUCAGCCCAGGUAAAAGAGGAUCUAACGUACGCGGAGGGCGGCCACAAUUGGCGGAGCAUAAUCUUCUCGCUGUUGGUCAUCGGCUUCGUUAUCGCCGGGAUCGUCACGGCCAUUUACCUUCUCGGGUACGUCGACGAGCUGUUGUACUGGAGCGGCAGACGGCUCACGUUAGACGAGUGCCUUCGUGAUGAUCUAACGCCGCAUAGGUUAACACCGACUUGGGUUGCCCACGACAAGUUUGUCUAUCAGGCUGACGACGGUUCCCUCACUCUCCUGGACACCAGCAACAAUUCCGUGUCCCUUCUGGUCUCUAAUCACACGCUCAGACAGCUGAACGUUCAAGGCUACCAGUGCAGCGGCGAUCUGCGUUUUGUGUUGUUCAAACACAAUGUCAAGCCGGUAUACAGAAAUACCUUCACCGCAUACUACACAGUCUACGACGUCACGAACGACCAUCACACGCCUCUUCGUCUACACAUGUCGGGGAGAAUGCAGCAAACGCGAUUACAACACGCAACUUGGUUGGGUAACACGUCUGGCCUCCUGAUGAUCUCUGAGAAUGAUAUUUACGUGAGGAUAGCACCCUCCGCGGCGGAAGACGUGCGGAUAACCGAUACAGGUGUCCCUGGAGUAAUUUAUAAUGGCGUGCCAGACUGGUUAUAUCAGGAAGAAGUGAUGCCGCGGCCAGAAGCAACCUGGCCUAGUCCCGAUGGCACGCAUCUUCUCUUUGCUAGUUUCAAUGACACCAAGGUCACUGCCCUGGAAUUCCCUUGGUUCAGUAGCCAACCGGGUCAGGAUGGGCCCAGUUCCAGUCCGUUGUCCACGCCUAGGAGAGGCUCAUUCCCACCAUCGAGGUCAAUUAGAUAUCCUACUCCCGGCUCGUUCAAUCCAGAGGUCGAUCUGUGGCUCAUGGAAUUGAGCAACCUGACCAACUCUUACAAUGGAAAUGGAACAGGGAACUCGACGACCCUCUUCAGGAUGAGGCUGAAGCCGCCACCUGCUUUGGACGGGCAAGAAUAUUAUCUGAUAUCUGCGGGUUGGGUGGGCGACGACUCCAGCCAAGUAGCGGUCGUCUGGAUGAGCAGAUCGCAGAAUCUCUCGUUGGUAUCCGCUUGUCGAGCACCAAUGUGGGAAUGUGAGGAGACUCACUCCGAAAGAGCGCCAGAAGGACAAUGGUUAGACGCACAACCUCAUCCCCUAUUCGCCCCUGAUGGUGACAGCUUCUUGCUCCUAGCUGCUGUUCAGGAAGGCGAUAAAGAGCACUUCACCCACAUCAAGCACGUAACCUUAACACAACAAAGGAUAGCGGUCCUAUCUCACGGUCGUUACGAGGUGAGUGAAAUCUUAGCGUGGGACACGAAAGCCCAUUUGGUGUACUAUUUGGGCACUAGGGAAAGAAGGCCAGGUCAGAGACAUCUUUAUGUCGUUCGCGAUCCUACUGCUGAUGAUCCUCGACGUCUGGAACCGCUCUGCGUCACGUGUGAUCUCGGCGAAGUUCUAUGGAGUAGUAGGUUCUACUACACCAACUGUACGCAUUUUGGUGCGUCCGUAAGUCCACCAAAUGGCGACGAAACUCAGGGUUACUACGUUCUCUACUGCGAAGGUCCAGGCCUUCCACUAGCCGGUGUCCACUUGAUGACCUCUCACAAGAUGAUUCGCGUGUUAUACGACACGCGAAUCCAACGGGGAGAUAAACUUUCUCAGUUGGCGUUACCAACUCGAAGAAGCUUCGAGGUACCCCUACCUCAAGGCUGGAAGGCACAAGUGCAGCUAUUAUUACCACCUUCGUGGCGAGAGGAGCUCAGAGACGCAGCAUUUCCUGUCUUGGUUGAAGUGAACGGUCGUCCAGGAAGCGAAGCAGUGACUGAUCGAUUCAAGAUCGACUGGGGGACCUACAUGUCCAGCCACAAUGAUGUAGUUUAUGUCAGGUUGGAUGUUCGUGGCGCUAGAGGUCAAGGAAAACGAGAUCUGUUCAGGCGAAUCGGUGGCGUCGAGGUUCAAGAUCAGUUGACCGUACUGAGGCACUUGCUAAAGACUCUGAAGUACCUAGACGUCACGAGAGUGGGAGUGUGGGGUUGGGGAUACGGCGGCUACGUGACUGCCAUGGUGUUGGGUAGCCAGGAGAACGUGUUCAAGUGUGGCGUCGCUGUGAAUCCUAUUGCGGAUUGGCUCUAUUACAAUUCCGCGUUUACGGAGCGAAUCCUCGGUGCCCCAGCAGAGAACUAUAAAGGUUACGUAGAGGCUGACCUGACCCAGCGUGCAAGGUUGGUGCCCAGUCAUAGCCUCUACCUUCUUCACGGUCUAGCCGACCUCACAGCGCCUUAUACGCACGGUGUCGCCUUCGCUAAGGCUCUGUCCGAAGCGGGUAUCAUCUUCAGGUACCAGAGUUACGCGGACGAAGACCACGCCUUAUCAGGUGUGUUGGAACACGCUUAUCGUUCCAUGGAGGACUUCCUCGCAGAGUGCCUCGCCCUGGACGCGUCCUAGUGCCUCAAGCCGAACGCUCCCUCGUUGUCUCUAGCUCGCCUACUUCUGAUACAUCCCAGAUUGAUCUGGAUGCUCGUCAAGAAGGCUGCCGUCGUUCAGGACUAGACUAGCUUCGAGUAAAUAGAUAUAUCGGACGUCACGGAAUACACUGGUCCUGAUCGUUACGUAUCAGACCAACGAAAACGCGAACGAAACAAAAAUAGCAAAGAAUCGUAUAGAAGAAAAAAUAACGAAACGACUAAAAUUAAUGCUAGUCUGUAUCGAAGUCAAGAAUGCUUGUGACGCAGAGAAUGAUUACGCGUAGAAAACAAGCGAUGAUGAGAGGGAUGAGGUAAACUUAGUGUUUGUAUAAGUAAUACCGUUAAAUAACGUUAUGUAUCAGUCGCCUGCAUCAGCCUGCGGAUUCCCCUUUGCUACGAACAACUUUCACUUUGCUCUUUGGACGCGCACCCCGGAUAAAUUUCUAGUUUAGAAUCCACCCCAGCCAUCCAGAGAACUAUGACACAGUUCACUGGCGCUUGGGCACUUUCAGAUUCUGCAAGCUCGAGAUUCACGCGUUUUCUCAUCUUAAAACCUAUCUAUUACGACCCACGAAAGAAAUUACACAAAAAUUCAAGGGAAUCGGCAAAUGGUGUCGUGCUUCUUGCAAGCUUGCAAGCUCUUUCCAUUUUUUAUACAGCGAAACUUUCGAGAUCGAAUGACGAUCGAUGACACACGGAGGAUACUCAGCGAACGACGAUCGAGCGUAUCGAGCUUAGCGCGAGCUUGCAAGCUCGCGUUUCAUGUUUUUUAUAUCGAUCUUCCACCAUAUACACUCGUCACCGCUCGAGACAUUCAUGCCGUUUAUAUAUAUUGUUGCGCUUUCGAGCUUAUCAAAGAAGCUUGCAAGCUCUCCCACCGCCUUUUUCAUCGAGGAACAGUUAUUGUCGAGGAUGUAGACUUCUCCCUAUAUGAACGAGUCAUAUCUCUAGGUUCAAUAAAUCACGACGUAUUACGUAGAGCUUGCAGGCUCGCGUUUCACGACCGUUUUCUUCUUAGUCUACGUCCCAAAUAUAUCGGUGCCAUCCUGAUUUUUUGGAAAGCUGGUUACGCCUGUGCGAUGAUACUUGUCUAGGGUUACCGACCCAUUUCACCGUUUUGAAAAUGAACGCCUAGUGCUAAGUUUUGUGUUGUACAGCUUUGCGCCUAGUCUAUGUACCAUAAUGUUACUUGCGCGUAAAAGCAAGGAAAAGAAGAGAACAGAAAGGGAAGAGAAAAGAUGUAUUUCCCUAGCCCUUUAUCGACCUGAUCCCUUUUUGCCAAACUUCACAUUCGAUCCUUGAAUAUUUGUAUAUAUCCAUAUGCACGUCUCUCGAUGAAUCCCUUGAUGCAGGACACGUUCCCCUCGACGAGGUUCGCGAGUGUUCCCGUUUAUCGUUGAUCGUUUGUUGUACUAUAUCGCUAAGUUGUACUAUAAACACACAGUUUCCAGAUUAACUAACUAUCGUUAAGUAAGUUAAGCGACGCGAGGCUUUAGGAUAACGUUUCAGGUUCACCAUAUACUUUAGCUCGUUCGAGAGGACGAACCUCGUCAAGGACAACGAACCUUUAUCGUAUUCCUUUUCUCGAUCAACGUCGAUCAUGUGCAGUGUCCUGACAAAGUCAAAAUUGAAUGCGCCUUCGGAUCUUCGUGGCUUUAGGACACUCUCGAUCGACGUAUUAAUGAUCGAUGUUCGUUCAGACGCGGUUGAUGUUGGAGGAUAAUCGUUCGAGAUCGAUCGAACUCCCGAGAUCUGUUUUCAGAACACUUUCGUUAGUCCUUUCGCUACCAAAAAAGAACCCGCUCCGGUGAUUCGUUUGUUCGAAGAUCCGUUACUUAACGAAUAUAAUUAAUACCUCUAUGUGUCUUUUGAAAUUUGUACCGUGCCAUCGAUUCAAGCUUCUUCCGAAUUAUUCCUCAUCCGGAUGAUAAACGUAGCGAAAGGGUUGAGAGACUUGGAUAUUUUUCGCUCGCGAGUCCGAUCGAGACGAGACUCCUUUCACAGUUGAUUAAGAGGAUAAGAGAAAACUAAGUGAACACAAAAUAUGUCGCGCUCGAACGAAGAGAGUCGCACGUCGCCAUAAAACGCUGCCUGCCCAGCAGCCCUUAAAUGCCGACAAUCAAGGCUAGUGCAACUAAUCAAACGAUAAUAAAUAGAAACGGAGAGGAUGAAGAAAUUACCUAAUAAUAAUUAAUGAAUUCUUAGAUGAGUGAUCGAUGUGGUUCGUCCGCGUCAGGCUGCGUGGCUGAGGGUCUCGACGAGAUACAAAGAGGGAAAUUAGGAAAUCACAGGAAGAGAAAGACUUGUUAGAAAUGUGUCCAACGUAUGAAAAGAAUUCUCGUCGAGGAGAUCCACAUUUGCGCGUGGACGGAUAAGUAGACGUGGUAAAUCGAUUAGAUUGAAAUUACGUGCUUGAUGUCGAUCGUAGAGAGUACAAAAGGUGUAACAGCGCCUGGCUAAGGAAUUGCCUCACCAAUUAUUCACCUGAACGUCUACCCUCGAAUCCACGAACGUUUCUUCCACGGCCCGAGAAAACAUAUUCGAAUCAACGUAGCCUCGAUAUUUUUUCCAGGAAGGAUACUGAAUAAAAUAUAACGGCGCCAUUUGACGCGAAGAUCAUCCUGCAUUCGUGAGAACGAGAAGAAACGUCGCAAUUCCUUAGAAAAUGUUUCGCGGGAUCCUUUCUAACCGGAUUCCUCGAUUGCGCGACAAGGACAGACGCAUUAUUGUUAGAUCACGUUGUAAAAGAUGUAUUUUUCUUUUUCUUCUUUCUUUUUUUUUCGUUUUCGUGAGCAACUUUUCCCGCGUAUGAAUUCGAGAGAAAGGGUUAGUAAAACUCGAGAAACACGAAGGGAGAAGCGUGAACGCGAAUAUAAAAGAGAGAUAGAAUGUGAGGUAGUAAGAAUGAAUGAGAGUGUGAGCGUGCAAUCGCAAUCAAUUAUUAACUUAUAAUUAAACGGCAAAAAAAAGUGCGGCGGACUUUAACUGUAGGCAUAUAGAUAAUCGGUCUCACGAACUCGGCAGGCACGCAAACAGGUAAAAAAAAGAAAAGAAAGAAACAAUGGAAAAUAACAAUUAUAAACAGCGAUAAGAAGAAAGGAGAACAAGAGGGAAUUGCAAGCAUGCGGAUUACGUGAAAUUAAAUCGCAAGAAAAUUAAAUAAAUAAAUAAAUGAAACCUUGGUAGCAGCGCAUAAGGGUAUCUAUAAGCUUUUGGUAACGUAUUAUCGCCGCUAGGCUAAAGAGAAUUAAUUAAAAAUAAAAAAAAAGAAAAUAUAUAUAUAUAUUAUACAAUAAAGAGAAAAAAAAAGUAAAAUGCGACACACAAAGAAAGAGAAGACACAUACGCAGGACAUGCAGAUUGCAAUUGACGCGGAAACUCGAGAUUAAUAUAUCGGGCCCGUGCGAACACUCGGACGAAUUUAUGCGAACAAUGUCGACGAAUGUAUUCGCCUGUCCGACCACGCGAAAUCGCUCGUCGACGUUCAACGAUUUCGAGAUGACGAUAGAAAAUUAUACAAGAAUAAAGAGAAGAAGGAGAAGGAAAAGAGGAAAAAAGGAGAGAAAGAAAUAGAAAAAUGAAAAAGAAAUCGCGAGCGUUUGUAUCAUCCGUAAUGGGAGAACAAAAAUUUACUGAUAAUAAUAAUAAGGAGACUAUUUGAAAUUAAUUUGGAUAAUCUGUGAUACUCAGAUUGACGAUUAUUAUUCGGAUUAGACGGUAUUUCACGCGUUUUUAACGUCAUCGGAUAACACUCGAACAUCGAGGUAUUAAUAGAUAAGGUAUCGAUAAACGAAAUUGUUCGAGUAACGCAUGCUCCGAACUAAGUCCAAGCUUCUCCACGAGAAUCGAUGUACACUUAAUAAGUAGUAAACGAUAUUCAAAGCCUUCAGGGUUUUUGAACGACAAGGUAUUGUUAUCGAAUUGUUAUCUAUCGAAAUAUAUUAGAAUUUCUAGCUGUUGAAAGUACGAUUUCUUACUUAUACUCUUUAAUGUUUCAUUGUGAGACUGUUCGUUAAACUACUUUAACACGUCGAUAUUAAAAAAUUCGAUGUCAGGGUUAAAAUACAACUUUUACUACUAUAUUCGACGAUCGAAUUUGAUUCAAAAUUUAUUCACACUUUUUCUAAUAAUUCGAUCUCACAUCAAAGGAAAUAAUCAAUCGUAUCGAUGUUCAUAUCGUCGAGAGCUUGGACUUGAUUUCCGGAAGUGGCCUACUCGUCACGACGUUUUAUGUAUAUCAGACUCCUCGAUGUGAAUCGCAUCAGGCGAGCCAACUCGAAACGACGUCUGAAUGAUCAAAGAUUCGGUUUAAUCGAUCAACAUACUCGGAAGCGUUGAGUCGAAUAUUGGCCAGCGACUCGUUGAAUUCAAUCGUGCUCCGCGAGUGUGGCCGACGCGCUCGGACAAUUGUUUUUUAUAAUAAUAAUAAUUCGCUCGGAUCAUCAAGCGAGCGACUAUGCGAGAGUGCCGUGAAUUAUCGUUAUCGAGAGACAGAGAGGCGUUCUCGAUAGUUUCUCGUGGGAAACGAGGGCACGCGGAUUGUUUCCACUCGGUUUUUUACGAUAUUCGCACGGACCUGGAGACCGAACAUCCACGAAAUCGGCCACGCCAAACAAUCGAUCGUUUUCAAUCGGUUUCAACGAAGUAUCCCAUAAGUGAAACGCAAACUAUUGUGAUAGCAUGUUGGAUGAUCGAAAAUGUCGUGUCCUUGGUUUCAUUUUCUAAUAUUCAAUUAUACAUCCAUAUUAGGAUAUUCCAUGUGUUAUUUAUUAUUUUUCGAAGCUAUUCUUUCUAGCAAAUUUCUAAAUUCCUCGCUCGAUAAGUUGUAAAAAUUUUCACGCAAAAUAUUUGAUUAUUGCUUUGGGAAUUUCGAAUACAUCAAAUUUUUUUGUUUUAUAGCAUUUCGUAAUGGUCAAAAUAAAUGAAUAUUUUCCCGUACCACGUACGUUUAUUUUUAAUAUGUCCACAUAUUACAAUUUUUAUUUUUAUUUUUCGAAUAAUCAAAUGUGUUUCAUAGUGUAAUUCAACGUGUUUAGAUUAAUUUUCAAUACCUGCAAAGAAUAUUUCCCACCUUAAAGAAUAAUAUUUCGUUUGUAACCAUUGUCGUAAAAUCAAUUUUCAAGCAGGCUUCCUGUAAUCGUUUAAAGACGCCGAUUUCGCGGAUAUCGUUAUAAUUCCACGUAACACCCACGAGAUAAUCAUGUUACUAAGACUCUGCGUUUUUUAAUAUCAGCGAGACUCGGCCCUGACCACGGGCGAACAAAAGUGUUUUCAAUAAACUGUUACAUUACCUGA